AUGGCGGCCGCCACCGACACUGGCCUCGACGUGGCGGCGGUGGAAAGUUUCCUAGAGAGGCACCCGGAGCUGGUGGAGAAGUGGCUGAAGAGGAAGAGCUCACUUCCUAAAGCGCCCUCGGUCCCCGCCGCCGGCCCACCGGACGAGCUCCGAAGCAGCUGCGGCCCCGGCGGCGGCUGGGGCAGUGCGGGAGGCCCCGGCGUCCUGCAGCGCCGAGCCUCUCAGAAGGAGCUGCGGAAGAGCUUCGCCCGCUCCAAGGCCAUCCAUGUCAACCUCACCUACGACGAGCAUGUGCACGCCCGGGCGCAGGAGCCUCUGAGCAGCGUACGGCGGCGGGCACUGCUGCGGAAGGCCAGUUCCUUGCCCCCCACCACCGCGCACAUCCUCAGCGCCCUGCUGGAGUCCCGCAUCAGCCUGCCCCAGUACCCCCCCACUGCCCUGGACUACAAGCGCUACCUCAAGGAGCAUAACGAGCGCCAGUUCUUCCUGGAGCUGGUCAAGGACAUCUCCAACGACCUGGACCUCACCAGCCUCAGCUACAAGAUCCUCAUCUUCGUCUGCCUCAUGGUGGACGCCGACCGCAGCUCACUCUUCCUCGUGGAGGGGGCCGCCGGCGGCAAGAAGAGUCUAGUCUCCAAGUUCUUCGACGUGCACGCCGGCACCCCGCUGCUGCCCUGCGGCUCCACCGAGAACAGCAACGAGGUGCAGGUGCCCUGGGGUAAGGGCAUCAUCGGCUACGUGGCGGAGCACGGAGAGACCGUUAACAUCCCCGACGCCUACCAGGAUCGACGCUUUAAUGAUGAGAUUGACAAACUGACUGGAUACAAGACAAAGUCACUUUUGUGCAUGCCCAUAAGAAACAGUGAUGGAGAGAUUAUUGGUGUUGCCCAAGCAAUUAAUAAGACUCCCGGAGGUGCCCCUUUUUCUGAUGAUGAUGAAAAAGUGAUGCAGAUGUAUCUCCCUUUCUGUGGGAUUGCCAUAUCCAAUGCACAGCUAUUUGCAGCUUCAAGGAAGGAAUAUGACAGAAGCAGGGCUUUACUAGAAGUAGUGAAUGACCUCUUUGAGGAACAGACUGACUUAGAGAAAAUUGUCAAGAAAAUCAUGCAUCGGGCCCAGACUCUUCUGAAGUGUGAACGAUGCUCAGUAUUGCUACUGGAAGAUAUCGAAUCACCAGUGGUGAAAUUUACAAAAUCCUUUGAGCUGUUAUCUCCAAAAUGCAAUGCUGAUACUGACAACAGUUUCAAGGACAGCGUGGAGAAAUCAUCGUCGUAUUCUGACUGGCUAGUAAAUAAUAGCAUUGCUGAACUCGUAGCAUCCACAGGUCUCCCUGUGAAUAUCAGUGAUGCCUAUCAGGAUCCUCGCUUUGAUGCUGAAGCUGACCAGAUUUCUGGCUUUCAUAUACGGUCUGUUCUGUGUGUUCCUAUAUGGAACAGCAGCCACCAAAUAAUUGGGGUAGCUCAAGUGUUGAACAGGCUUGAUGGGAAACCCUUUGAUGACGCUGACCAGCGACUGUUUGAAGCUUUUGUUAUUUUUUGUGGCCUGGGCAUCAACAACACAAUUAUGUAUGACCAAGUGAAGAAAUCCUGGGCAAAACAGUCUGUGGCUCUUGACGUGUUAUCUUAUCAUGCAACAUGUUCGAAGGCAGAAGUUGACAAAUUUAAGGCAGCAAACAUCCCUCUGGUGUCAGAGCUUGGCAUUGAUGACAUUCAUUUUGAUGACUUCUCGCUGGAUGUGGAUGCCAUGAUUACUGCAGCCCUGCGGAUGUUCAUGGAACUUGGAAUGGUUCAGAAAUUUAAAAUUGACUAUGAGACGCUGUGUAGGUGGCUUUUGACUGUUAGGAAGAAUUAUCGAAUGGUUUUGUACCACAACUGGAGGCAUGCCUUCAACGUCUGCCAGCUAAUGUUUGCCAUGUUAACUACAGCAGGAUUUCAGGAGAUUCUAACUGAAAUUGAAAUUCUAGCUUUGAUUGUGGGAUGCUUAUGUCACGACCUUGACCACAGGGGAACCAAUAAUGCCUUCCAAGCCAAGAGUGGAUCAGCCUUAGCUCAGCUGUAUGGCACCUCUGCUACCUUGGAACACCACCACUUCAAUCAUGCUGUCAUGAUUCUCCAAAGUGAGGGUCACAACAUCUUUGCUAACUUGUCCUCUAAGGACUACAGUGACCUUAUGCAGCUUCUAAAGCAAUCGAUAUUGGCAACAGACCUCACUCUGUAUUUUGAGAGAAGGACUGAGUUUUUUGAACUCGUCAGUAAAGGUGGUUAUGAUUGGAAUACAAAAAACCACCGAGAAAUAUUUCGAUCAAUGCUAAUGACAGCCUGUGACCUUGGAGCUGUGACCAAACCGUGGGAGAUUUCAAGACAGGCAACUGAGCUGGUAACCAGCGAGUUCUUUGAACAAGGAGACAGAGAAAGAUCUGAACUGAAACUCACCCCUUCAGCCAUUUUUGAUCGGAACAGGAAAGAUGAACUACCCAGGUUGCAGCUCGAGUGGAUUGAUAGCAUCUGCAUGCCAUUGUAUGAGAGUUUGGUGAAGCUGAAUGUGAAACUGAAGCCUAUGCUGGACUCCGUGGCGGUUAACAGAGGUAAAUGGGAGGAGCUGCACCAAAAAAGGCUUCCUUCUCAGGCGGCAUCCUCAUCCUCCCUUUCCUCUAGCUUUACUGUGUCUCUCAAAGACAUAAAUUAA